AGGUGUUGCAGUAACAAUAACCGAGUCAUGGAGAGAGUUGGUGAGCAAACGAAGGAGUGUCGGAGUACGACAAGUACACCUCGAAGUGUAGACACCAGAGAGCAGCUGCCAGAUGUAUACCGUGCUACCUGGAAGCUAGAAGAUCAUGUCGCUGAGCUGGAGAGCAUUCUUCAGGGUGUAACAGCAGAUCAAGUUGAAAAUCGUUUGGUUCAGUAUGUGGAAAACAGUAUCGAGCCUACUGGAUGGAGAGCAAUAUGGAGGCCCUCUUCUGAUCUCUCUGAAUCUGUUCUGAACUUUCAGAAACCUUCUGAUAUAUAUGUGGAUGUCAUUAAUGUGAGUCGUGAAAAACUACUGGCAGAGGUAAAAAUUUUGAAACCAGUCGAAAAUGAUCUUGCAGCAGAUGAUUUAAAACUAAUAGAAGAGAACAAGAACACUCAGAUUAUGGUGCCUUUAAUGGAGUUGUACCCUCUAGUGGAACAAGAAAAUGAUGUCUUAGAUAUUGCUACUACUACAGAGGUUGUAGAUCAAAUCAGGUUUUUUUACAAGAAUGUUUGGCGGGCCUGGGAUUUAGAAGAGGAAAAAUGCUGCUACGAUUACUAUCUCAUUAAUUCCCGCCUAAAAUUGUAUCGGGACAUAGACAGUGGCAUCAUCCCUGCCAGUGUUGCCUCAGAACUUAGAAGUCUGGUGAAGCAAGCUAACUUCAUGCAACAAGAAAUUAAGAAAAUUGAAGCCAAGAGUGAAUGGGAAGGACUUGACGGGGAAGUAGAUGAACUAGAUGUUGCUCGCCUCAUUCAGCUUCACAAAGAUUUAGAGCAACUCAAAGUACGCUUUGAAAUGCUUCAAGACCCAGUUUUUCGGGAGGUGUUGAUCCAUCAGCAGCAAGUAGAACGUUGUGAGAUUGUGAGUCUGGAUGGUGGAGCCAGUACUGCCAAGGUGAAGCUGGUAGCAAACUCACUCACUGUUACAGCCUUGGCGUGUCACAUGGCUAAGUUACCUUCCAUCAUUAAAUCUUUGCCACAGGUGCCAGAGGAUGCUGCCUGUCAAACAUUUCCCACUCUGCAGCUGGCACUAGAUAUGGCUGUGCAGGGAGAUGUGGUGGUUGUGUUGCCUGGCAAUCAUUCUCUCAUCCACUUAGGAUUAAUAAGUGUUGGCGGAACACUUAUAGGUCUUGGUAAGGGAGUGAACAUUAAAGGGGGUGAAGAAGCCGGUGAUAUCUUGAUGGAUACCUCUGGCAAUUUUACCAUGAAGAAUAUAACUCUACAACCUUCCCGAGGGCAAGUGGGUAUUGUACACCAUGAUGGUAUCCUCACUCUGCACGAUGUCACUAUUGAAGGUGGUACUGGUGGAUUUGUUGGUCUUGGUAAAACAGAAUUACAAGUUAACCAAGUGACAGUCAGAGGGAGUAGCGCCAUUGGAAUGGAUUUCCGAGAAGGAGCAAAGGCCUCGGUGUCUUCCUGUAUUGUUGUUGACUGCACCAUUGGUAUACAGAUGGAACAAGAGGCAAAGGUGUCACUGUCAGCUACUAAUAUUAAGGAGAACAAAGAGUGUGGUGUUGUGGUGGUGUGGCCGGUUGCUGCUGACACCUCCAGGCUCAACAACAUCCCUAAACAGGCGCUUCUGGAAUACCUACUGGAGGAGUGUGUGGGCAACGAUGUAAGGAAUAAUAAAAUAGACGUUUAUGUUGUGGGUCCCCUGGAGAAGCAAGUGCAAGAAGCCAGCAGCAUCCCCACCACUGACUCUUCUGACCAAGCAUCUCAUACCUCUAGUGACUCCAUGGACUCGGGCUGUGAGUUUAUUGAGAAUGUCAAGACUGAUUAAUAUGUGCCUAAAAAUGCUGUUUACCAAAGUGCAUGUUUCUCAUACCGGUUUGUGUGUCAUUGCAAUUAAUUAUAUAUUUAUAUAUAUUAUUCAUUCUGUAUUUUGCAGAAGUAUGGUAAUAGGAUUUAAAUUUUUUAGAUUUUAAGCAGUUGAGACACAAAUUUAGCAGAUAAUUAAAUCUGAUAGUUUUCCGAUGUUAUUAUUUUGUAAGAAGCGUUUCCUAUGCUUUAACUAGUUUGUAACUGUUAUAAAUGCCCAUUUUGUUGCAUGUUGGAGGCACUGUAUGGAAAUAAAAAAAAAAUCCAAUUAAAAACAGAUUCCAAAAUGAACGCUGUAGGUUGUGCAAGAAAGGUAUAAAAUACCGACAAUAUGAAAGUUAAGACACAUGUGCAACAUCUGGAUAUCUUUAUUGUAGACGUUUCGCCAUCCAGUGGCUUUAUCAAUACAGAUUCUAGGACAUAAUAUAUAUAGUAUAAUAUAUUAUUUUAUUUAUUAUCACACUGGCCGAUUCCCACCAAGGCAGGGUGGCCCGAAAAAGAAAAACUUUCACCAUCAUUCACUCCAUCACUGUCUUGCCAGAAGGGUGCUUUACACUACAGUUUUUAAACUGCAACAUUAACACCCCUCCUUCUUAUUAUGUCCUAGAAUCUGUAUUGAUAAAGCCACUGGAUGGCGAAACGUCUACAAUAAAGAUUUCCAGAUGUUGCACAUGUGUCUUAACUUUCAACGCUGUAGGUAUUCCAGAUACUAAACCAACAUUUUCUGUGCACAAUCAUCAUGUUCCCUAGCCUCUCUUAUAUUACACUUAUCAGAAAAUCAAAACAUUUCCCUAUUUCUUGGAUAAAAAAAUAUUAGGAACAUUUCCCUAUUUCUUGGAUAAAAAAAUAUUAGGAACAUUUCCCUAUUUCUUGGAUAAAAAAAUAUUAUCAGGAUCAACCAGGCUGUGAUGGAUAUGUGGGUCAGCGGCCUCCAGCAGCAACAGCCUAGUUGAUCAGGCAAGCACCAGACAAUCCUGGUCAACCAGUCUUGUUUGGUAUAUCAAAGGUAUCAAAGGAAUGAUUUAUCAUGGUUUACAUCACCUCAGUAAUUGAAUCACACCUAGUAAAAACCCAUAAAGCAGAUCAGCAAAAAUCAAAUAUUUCUGCUAGUUUGAGGCUGAUUUCAGGCUACUUCCACUCCAGCAACGAACCAAAAUCAUCUUUAUUUCAGUAGUCAGUCUUCCAUUCUAUCAAAUGAUAUCAAUAAAACCAUAAAAACUUUCCUAGAAAGCACCUCCAAGUUGCUAUUUUAAACCGAAAUCAAGGUCCGAGUUUUUCUUUUCCCAUCAUGCACUGCAUGGGGCAGGAUUUCUUUUAUACAGUGCACACUCACUACACAGACCCAUUCUCAUAUCUAGACCAAAAUUUAACGCUCAUGGUUUAUCCGAAUGAGUUGAACUCAUGACGUAGAUCUUCAUGAGGGAUCCUGGUGUCAUUAACAGCUCUACGUGACAGCUAGUGGAAGUGUUAAUAUGUUAUCUGAAUGAUAGGGCAUCUGACAUUAUGAUACUCCAGUCUUUUACAUGUUACUUUUAUUAUAUGAGAAAUGUCCUGUGUUUUGUAUCCAGUGCACCUUUUGAGUUCUUCAUUCUUUCAAUAUCUGAGCAGUUAGAAAUUUGUCUUCAUUGACUAUCAUGUUAUUUUCCACAGAAUUAGACAUGCCUGCAGCAUCUGGGUAUCUUUAUUUUGUAGAUGUUUUGCCAUCCAGUGUCUUUAUCAAUACAAUAUUGAGACAUAAAUGGAAGCCUGUAGAAGAGGAGGUAAUCAAUCCCUUAGCCUCGCAGAAUUAAAUGCAGAAGAAAGUAGAAGAUAAGUGAAUCAGUCCCUCAACCUAGGAAUGGUGUUGAACACUGCAGUGUUAAUGAAUCUGAAGCACAGGCAGGAAGAUGAGUACUUAUAUACUGGAGUCAGAUGAGGUGCAGCAGAUGAAGGUAUUGUUAGGCAGGACCCACCAGUGGAAGUAGGUCAUGCCCAUGAGUUUGGGCCAGAGAUUAAGUAGGUUGAAGAGAUUUCUCUUUACCAAGAUUCCAUGUUGCUGUGUACAUAUAUAUUAAUAAUAUACAAUACUGACAAGUUGGUGAGUUAAACACGUUUCUAAUUCAUUAACUUGUCAGUAUUGUAUACUAUUAAUAUGUUGUUAUCUAUUGCCCAUUGGAAGACACUGUUUACAUCUGCUUUCAUAUCUUUGUCUUCUGCCAAAUCAGCUUUCAUGCUUAUUUUGUUACUACUUUCAAAGGAUGAUAUGAAGCUAUGGCUAGUGUUUUUACCUGUGCUACGAUGAUGAGAAACAGUGAAGGUGUUAGAACUGUGCCUUGUGGUACCAACUUUUGCCAAGGCUGGAUUUUGCUUGUGUACUAAUACUACUCAUUGUGUAUUUUUGAAAACUGAAUAUCCAUUUUUCUAAUUUUUCUUAAAUAUCUGUUACCUUGGCUAUCCAUGACCGCAUUUUGGCUUUCUUGUUAAACUUCUAUAAUUUUGUUAUAAUGGUUUAGUAAUUAUGACAAGUAUCGUCUACUCUAAAUUCAUGUUGAUUUGGGUCGUGCAAGUUAUUAUUUUCUAUAAAAUUUGUAAAGUAUUCAUUUCAUUAUCCUUUCAAAGAUUUUUCAUGAUGUGGUGUUGGUGCUACUGGACUGUAAUUUUUUUUGCCAAAACUCUACUGCUUCCUUUAUUUUAUUUUAUUUUAUUUUUUUUUUUUUCAACAAGUCGGUCCGUCUCCCACCGAGGCAGGGUGACCCAAAAAAGAAAGAAAAUCCCCAAAAAGAAAAUACUUUCAUCAUCAUUCAACACUUUCACCAUACUCGCACAUUAUCACUGUUUUUGCAGAGGUGCUCAGAAUACAACAGUUUAGAAGCAUACACAUAUAAAGAUACACAACAUAUCCUCCAAACUGCCAAUAUCCCAAACCACUCCUUUAAAGUGCAGGCAUUGUACUUCCCAUUUCCAGGACUCAAGUCCGACUAUAUGAAAAUAAUAUAAAAUAUAAUAUAAAAUAUAGGGGAAUUAUAUAUGCUCUUUUUAAAUCCUUUUGGGAUUUUACAUAGAUCAAAGACUGUUCUCCAAAUGAUACAGUGUUCUCACUAGUGGGAUUUUGCACAUCUUUAUAAGUAUAGAGUCCCGUGGAUCAGGCCUCGGUAACGCACGUGUUGGCAUGUUUUCUAUUUCCUUUUCAAUUCUGGAGAAAGCAGAGUCAUACUGCUUAUAGUAAUGAAGGGCGUUUUUUUUUUUUUUUUUUUGCGUCAAGUUUAACUUUCUUUGUAUUUACAUUAUUUGCACUUGAACUAAACACAAAUAACUCAUGCUUUAGAGAGGAACCUUUAAGCAAACUUUAGGUCUUUUUGGACCAUUAUCAUAUCUUAGAUUGUUACUUUAUAAUGGACCAGUAUGAAUCAAAGCGUUAUCUAAAGUUUCCCGUACAAAGCACGGGUAACUUACGUAUGGUUCACGUAUGGUACUGUGACUUAUUCUACUGCUUGAAUUAUAAAUUAAUAAUGCGCUAAAAUAUUAAUAGGAAUGUACAUACUGUAUUUACAUAUUUUCUUGGUUACUGUUGGACAUGUUGUUAGAGAUAUAUUUUUAUGUUGAUAUUAAGGAAUGAGCUGUAGAAAUAUUGUUCAUUACAUGAAUCUCAAUUAGGGCACCAAAUUAAAAUUGAAAUUAAAAAUAAAGCAUAGCUCUAUUUGCAAUAAAAAUGUUUUGAUGUGGUUACCCAACAGCUAUAAAAUGUGACAUUUUCUUCAUAAUUUUCCAGUAGCUUUUAAUGAUGAUAAAUUAAAGUAAGAAGAACCAUUCCCUGUAAGUUAGUACAGAAAGCUAUUGUUAAAUUAGUUCAUAUAAUCUGUUUCAGAACAUUUUUAUAUGUCUUUCAUUAGUGUAUUCCAUAGUAAUAAUAAUAAUAAUAAUAAUAAUCCUCCAUGGGGAAGUGGAACAGAAUUCUUCUUCCGUAAGCCAUG